ACGACGACUUCUUUUCCAGAUACUACGCCAUACUAAAGCCGCUUAACGUGACAUGGGAGGCCAACGCGCGGCGAGCACUGCAUAUGGCCUGGGUGUGUGCUGCCCUCGCCAGUCUGCCACAAAGCUUCAUAUUCCAUGUAGAGGAGCAUCCUGAUGUCGCAGGAUAUUUCCAGUGCGUCUCAUACGGCUCGCUUCCCACAGAGUCGCACGUGUUCGGCUACUUCUUGUUGAACAUGCUACUCAUGUACCUGCUGCCCCUCGUGUCUACACUGUACUGCUCUCUAGCCGCACUGCUCGAGAUCAUACGCCGAGCCAACACGAGCAAUGAUAACAUGCGUCGCAGUGGCGUGGGUAUCCUCGGGCGAGCGCGGGCGCGGACGCUCAAGAUGACGGUCACCAUCGUCAUAGUGUUCUUUACCUGCUGGUCGCCAUAUUACUGCUACUGUCUGUGGUUUCUUUCCAGGUAUUGGGUGGACAAGGAAUUCGUGAAGGGCUUGGACCCCGCGUUCCAGAAGGCCAUGUGGCUGUUCUCGUGCACCAACUCGUGCGCGAACCCCAUCGUGUACGGCAUCUUUAACCGCAACCGCUGGUCGUGGCGCACCGGGCCACACACGCGAUGUCGCGGCAGCAGCGCGCGGCGCGGUUCACGGCUGCCCUUCGGAGAUUCGAUGGAGAUCUCUGCGUCAGCCCUCGCCCGCGCGCGACACUCACUACACGGGCGACGGGACUCUUACGUCACGCAUAAUGGACACAAACACCACAACAACAAUAACAAAUACGUCGACAAUGGGAUCGUUUAGAUGUACCUCUAUGUAUUCGUUGUCGGCAUUCGGUCCACGACCGGAGGGUAUUCUAACGUAAACAUAAUGGACAUAAACACUAGGUACAACAGUAAACAUGUCUACAAUGGAAUCAAUUUGUCGUCGACGCUCGCUGCAUGGCCGGCGAGACUCCUACGUGAUACACGACGGACAUAAAGACCAUAACAACAACAACAAAUUUGUGUACGAAGUCGGAUAGCUGGGGACGGGAAGGGAAGAUGUGUCAAUUUCUAAAGUGAUCUUCGAACUGUCGCGUAACUCUUUCAAUUAGAAAUUGACUAAUCGUCCCACAAAGCGGGUGUAGUCGUCAUAUAACAUUUAAACAGCAGUGAUGGACUUUAAACAUAAUGCAACUGAUAUGGGUUGUGAGUUGUGAUGACUGUAGGAUCGGUAGAACUUCGAAGGCAGUAUCGGCAUGUAGGUAUUUGGUAUCCACUUUAAAUUGCCAGAAUUUUGAUAUAAACAACUAUGUGCUGAAUUCUGUCUUUGAUUUUUUUCUAUACACGUAUUUAAAUACAUUCCAGCUUAUAUGUAGUCACUAGCUUUUGCCCGUGGCUUCGCUCGCGUUAGAAAGAGACAAAAAGUAGCACAGUAUAUCACUCUCCAUCCCUUCAACUAUCUCUACCU